CACUGUGCACUCCCCAACCGCAUCCGUCCUCCCGAAGUCCCGAUCGAUUAAAUCAACGCCAAACCAAAGUAGAGAAGCAAUGCAAUUAUAACGACACCAAUCCCCAGUAGAGUAAUCGUGGCGGCAACCGAAUUCGGCUUGAGCAUAUUCUCUGGUGCGUAUACUUGGUUCAUGCAAUUGAUUAACAGCUGACAUCGCGAGCUAGCUAGCACUACUAGCAGUUCGACCGCAGCAGCUCGCUCCGCAGUUAAUGGCGACCACCGUGUCCGGGUCGGCGCUCCGGCGGCUCUACCUCUCCGCCUACAACUGGGUCGUCUUCUUCGGAUGGGCGCAGGUGCUGUGCUACGCGGCCUCGGCGCUGCUGGAGAGCGGCCAUGAGGCCGUCUACGCCGCCGUCGAGCGGCCGCUGCAGUUCGCGCAGACCGCAGCCUUCAUGGAGAUUCUGCAUUCGAUUCUAGGGUUUGUGAGGUCUCCGAUUUCGACAACUCUUCCACAAAUCACUGGAAGAUUGUACAUCACAUGGGGCAUCUUGUGGAGCUUUCAAGAGGCGCAAUCUCAUGUUCUUGUAACUUCAUUGAUCAUAAGUUGGUCCAUCACUGAGGUCAUCAGAUAUUUUUUCUUUGCUAUGAAGGAGACAUUUGGGUUUGCACCUUACUGGCUCCUAUGGCUUAGGUAUAGCACCUUUCUGGUGUUCUAUCCUACCGGCAUGUUAAGCGAGGCUGGCCUAAUCUUAGUUGCCAUGCCCUUUAUGAAGACGUCAAGGAAAUACUAUCUUAUGAUGCCUAAUAAAUGGAAUUUCUCCAUCGACUACCGCCAUGAAUUGGCUCUUGACACGGCUCUAAUCAUACCAGGAUUUCCGUACUUGUUUCGUUAUAUGGUGGAUAAGCGGAAGAAGGUCUUGUUAGCAGCAAAGACAGUAUGAUACUGUAAUUGCUUCUUGUGCAAUCAUGUUGAGAAAGAGGGAAUGUGGAAUACUAGAAUAAAAUUAUUUAAACCUUGAAUCGUGUUUUGUGACAUUCACUGACCGCUAGCUUCAAACUUCCUCAGCAUCUCAUACAUGCAAUCUCCGGUU